AUGUGUGUGCUUGUAACGGGUAUGCGUCACCAUCCCUAUCCCCGCCCGCAGGCCGCUACAGGCACUGCUAGUAGCAGCGGCGUGGCGGGCGUGGAUCUGAGCCGCGUGGUGCUGCUGUCGCCAUGGGCGCCGCGCGCGUUCCUCUACAAGCGAUUCCUCAGCGACGCGGAGUGCGACCACAUCAUCGCACGCGCGACGCCUCGCCUCGAACGCUCGGGCGUGGUGAACAACGACGACGGCAGCAGCUUCGUGAGCGACAUCCGCACGAGCUCAGGCGCGUUCCUCACCAAGGGCGAGGACGCUGUUAUGAAGGCAGUGGAGCAGCGCAUCUCCGAGUGGACCUUCCUGCCUUUGCAGAACCAGGAAGCGCUGCAGGUCCUGCGCUACACUAAAGGACAGAAGUACGAGCCACACGUGGACUAUUUCCACGACCCCGUGAACACGCAGAGGGGCGGCCACCGCUACGCCACGGUGCUCAUGUACCUCAACAACGUGACGUUAGGAGGGGAGACUGUCUUCCCCAAAGUCAAGGAUGACUCGCCCAAGGAUGAGACGUGGUCUGACUGUGCCAAGGGCUUUCUGGCUGCAGGGGAGACCGUGUUCCCCAAGGUCAAGGAUGACUCGCCCAAGGAUGAGACGUGGUCGGAUUGCGCGAAGGGAUUUCUGGCGGUGCUCAUGUACGUCAACAAUGUGAUUCUAAAGAUCGAGACUGUGCUUCCGAAAGUCAAGAAUGGCUUGCCCAAGGAUGAGACCUGGUCUGAUUGUGCCAAGGGCUUUCCGACUGAGAAAGGAGACGCUCUCCUAUUUGUCAACCUGCAUCCCAAUGGCACGUCCAAUCCCUUCCCUUCCUCCCCCCCCGCCCUCCCUUCUUCCCUCUUCCUCCCUCCUCCUCACCCCAUCUCCCCUCUAUCCCCUUUUCCACCUCUCUUCCCCACCCCACCAGUGAAGCCAGAGAAGGGAGACGCGCUGCUCUUCUUCAACCUCCAUCCUGACGGCACACCAGACCCCGCCAGCCUGCACUACGCCUGCCCCGUGCCGGAAAAGGGGGAUGCACUCCUCUUCUUCAACCUGCAUCCUGACGGCUCGCCUGACCCCGCCAGCCUGCACUAUGCCUGCCCGGUGGUGCACGGUGUGAAGUGGUCCGCGCCCAAGUGGAUCCACGUGGCAGACUUUGAUAAGCCGCUCACCGCUGCUGAUGCUGGCGCUGACGGCGCGGCUGCUGAUGGCGCUGCUGCUGGUGGGGGUGACGGCGCGUGCACGGACAGCAAUGCAUAG